AUGGAAGAGAAGAAGGAUCAUAGUAAUGGAUUAUUGAGUAUGCAACAAAAGGGCGAAGACGAAAACUUUCCUAUUGGUCUCAAAGUUCUUGCAAUCGAUGCCAAUAUUGUCUGCCUCAAAUAUCUGGUUCUCCUUCUUCGAAAGUGUCAAUAUAAAGUAACUGCGACUACGGAAGCCGCUGAAGCAAUAAGACUACUGAAGGAUGAGAAAGAAGCUUUCGAUAUCGUUAUUACAGAUGUUGUCAGACUUGACAUGGAUGGCUUCAAGCUCCUUAACACUAUUACUGAUCAUGCAAUGGACAUUCCAGUUGUUAUGAUAUCUGCAAAUGAUGAAUUGGAGAUGGUGAAAAGAAGCGUUAUGGAGGGAGCCGAGGCCUAUUUACUGAAGCCCGUUAGGCUACCAGAAAAGAAGCCUCGGGUGAUAUGGACAAAGGAACGACAUGCCAAGUUUGUCCAAGCUUAUGAGCAAUUGGAAGAAAUGGAGAGAGUCCCAAAAAAAAUACUGAAGAUGAUGAAUGAACCAGAAUUGAGUCGAGAAAGCAUUGCGAGUCACCUCCAGAAACACAGAGACGGGCUGAGGAAGAAGAUAUUAGGAGGAGGAGGAGGAGUAGGAAAAUUUGUUAGCCAGAAAAACUACUACAGUAGUUUAAAACACCAAAUUAGAAACAAAGCUUCAAACUUUAGCACAGCAAAUUUGAGAGCUGAAAUUCCCACAAGUGCCCAAUUUCAGUACCCUUCAAUUCCAUCAGGAUUAUCAUCAAGAAGCUGCUACUUUCCGGUGCCUGAAUUCAAAUGGUUCAAUUUUCCAACGGAUAAUAAUUCUUCUUCUAUGAUUUUGAAACCGUGUGACCAAUACUUAGGAUUUGGUUCUAGUAACAUUAUUAGUCCAUUGGGAGGUGAUCGUUUGAAUUAUUCAACGACUUCUCAAACUUUUGGAAAUUGUCCGAUUGAUAAUGUUGGUGCAACCCGCUGGCCGUUUCCCAACAAUGCUACUACGACAGGACAAUAUUCUGAACUGCAAUUUGAUAACGGAAGCUCCUACGGCGGCGGCUUAACGGAUGAGGAUAUCAGUGAUAUUUUCAGAAUCCUUAGUGAAGGACCUAAUUUUUAG